CCUGGUGAGCGAUUCUGUCGUAAAGUAAAGGGGCCCAAACGAUCUACGAAAUUUGACCGGCACCGGAAACCUUGCGAGAGAUGGUGAACCGGCGAUUCGCGCAAGUGUCGACGAGUGAUGAGGAGGAUGAUGCGCCAUUGACGAGGCGUAAGGUCCGGAACUCAAGCGCCGGAGAGACGGAGAGGAGGCAGAGGAAGCGGAAGAAGGUGAAGCUGAGCGAAGACGAAGACGAAGACGAAGACGGUGUGGAAUUGAGGGGAAUUGAAAGGAAGAGGAAGAGAAGGGGAAGGAAAGAGGAACGCGAAUCGGAGUCGGAGGAAGAGGAGGAGGAGGAGGAAGAGGUGAAACCGGACGAUGCGAAGCCGAUUGGGAAAUUGGUUAAAGUUACGGGUAAAGGAAGGGGAAAGAGGAACCACUUCGCCAAGUUUGAGUACGAUGGAAACAAGUACGAACUGGAGGAUCCUGUGCUGUUGGUUCCGGAGGACAAAAAUCAAAAGCCGUAUGUUGCAAUCAUUAAGGAUAUUACCCAAUCCAAAGACGGAAGCACGAUGGUCCUGGGACAGUGGUUUUAUCGUCCGGAAGAGGCUGAGAAGAAGGGUGGUGGAAACUGGCAAUCAAGCGAUACACGAGAGCUCUUCUACAGUUUCCAUCGAGAUGAAGUCCCAGCAGAAUCUGUAAUGCACAAAUGCGUGGUGCAUUUUGUCCCUGCUGAUAAGCAACUUCCGAACCGCAAACAGCACCCUGGUUUUAUCGUGCGGAAGGUGUAUGAUACUGUGGAGAAGAAACUAUGGAAGUUGACUGACAAAGACUAUGAAGAUACCAAACAGCAUGAAAUUGACCUCCUUGUGGAAAAGACUAUGUUGCGAUUGGGUGAUCUUCCUGACCUUGAACCAGAUGAAGCACCUGUUGAUCAAGAGGAUCUGGUGAAAUCUAAAAGAUCUCUUCGAAAAAAGAACAUACCUCCUGUUGAUGUCAGAAAGGAGGAAGACGCUUCUCUGAAAGCUGAGACGCCCGGAAGCGCUGUGGUUAUUUCAGAGGAGUAUCGGUCUAUGUUGGAGAAGUUUGAUUCACUAACAGGUGAUAAUCAUCGCGACAAGGGUCUGGAGAAGCUUCUGCAAGCAGUUCAGCACGUGUGUUACAUCCCUGAGAAAAAACAAGCUGGUGCUGAGGAAAAGACUUCUUCAGAUGGAUACCACCAUGAAAAGGAUGAGAAAGUUUUGAAGCCUGAAAAUGGAUCUCAAGAAAAAACAUCAAAGGCUGAGAAUGCUUUUCUCUGGCCAGAUGAUGCUGUCCUUGCAGUUUCUGCUCUUGAGCAGGCUUCACAUGAUCUACUGGCCUCAGAUUUUCAAAAAUACAAUCAAAAGUUGAGGUCGUUGGUAUUCAAUCUCAAGAAUACUCCGCUACUAGCUAGACGGCUGCUCAGUGGGGAGUUAGAACCCAUGAAGAUUUUGAACAUGUCACCUGCUGAGUUAAAGGAGGGUUUGACAGCAGAAGAAACUGCGACAAAGGAGCCUGAUGAUUCCGAGCGAAUGCAGAUGACUAAUGCUCGGUGCUCGAGAUGCAAUCAGUUCAAAGUGGGCUUGAGGGACAUCAUCCAGGCUGGGCGUGGAGAUUGCUAUCAGCUGGAGUGCAUUGCCUGUGGCCAUUUGUGGUACGCACCAAGGGAUGAAGCAUCAACUCUUACCAUAGAUGCCCCAACCAGCGCCACACCCAAAUCCGGGGAUGUCGAAAAGAGUAUGGCUAGCCCUCGGGAGAUUGAUGGUGAUCCCCCGAAGAAAGGGAGCCCGACCCUAGACACCGAGAAGUGAAGCCAUUUUGCCUUCCUUUGUCAAACCCCCCCAACCCGGCAUGAAACCUGACCGAGUAAGAGUACCAGUGGUCAGUCCUCGCAUCUGACAUAUUGUAGAAUUUAGGGUUCUGGGAGUUGAGGAGAUGAGAGAGGAACCCUUUGUUGUACUGUAUCUAUUCAGUUGGGUUCCUUCCUGUGUACAGUUAACCCUUUAGGCUUGUGAUUGUUCUCUUAUAUCAAGGAACCGUCACCUCUUGGAUAAAUCCGCCUUUCGGGUAUCGCUAUUUUGGUUUGGUUUCGAUUCGGUAUUUGUUUGA